CUGGACUUUUGUCGCGGACCCUGAAAUUCCAUCAACUCGAUUUCCAGUUGUCCGAUCUCAGGAUUCCGUGACUUAUUCCUUUACCGAAACAUUUUUGGCAACUUUUAGCUCCAAACCAAAACAACGUUUGGCGACCACCUAAGUGCUUCUAGAAGGACAACGUAAAAAGGUCGUACGGUGCCCACCACUGCAUCCCCCACGCUUGAUAUUCACCUAUACUUUGCAUACUGUACCUACUGUCGCAUUCAGCCUUCCGAUUGCCUGCAUAUUGUCCUCAUAGUGUCUUCCCCCAUCUCGACGUAACGAUGCGACGGAGCGUUAUCGUUGCGCGGUCCUCCGCAGGAUCCUUGGCUCGCGCCGCCGUCUACCAACAGCACCUCCAGCCCCGGCGCAUGUUUGCAAGCGGCAGUGGCACCCCUCCCAGCAAAAGCGAGCCUCUUACGACUCCGGUCGACCGACCCCAGGACCAGGCGCAACCCAUUGGUGCUUAUUACGAGGGCGUUCUCCAGGGUAGCAAAAACUACCCGGACACGAAGCCCGAGUUGCCCCCGGUGACCUCCCAGAAAUACACGACCAAGCUUGCGCCCGCCGAGCCGGAAGCCAAGCCGGAACUGGAGAAGAAGCAACAAGCGGAAUCGGAGCCGAAGCCGAAGCAGGACGACAAUGCCCAGGGGACGUCCUCUCAAAGUGCCCAAGAUCCUACUCCAAGCAGCAACCCUAGCGGCGACCUUAGCGGCAGCGACGGCAGCGGCACAGUCCCAGAAGCCUCCUCAUCUCCUUCGCCCCAAAUCCUUGAAGACGGCGAAGCCGGCAACACCCGCAUCAUCUUCUCUGCCAGUCUAACCAGCGAAGCCAGACGGGCCGAGCGUCUCGCCUCCAUCCGUUCUCAAUCCAAGCUCGUCGCCGGCGUGCUCGUUCCCCCACGGCCUGAAGAGCCCGAAAACUGCUGCAUGAGCGGAUGCAUCAACUGCGUGUGGGACAUGUACCGGGACGAGAUGGAGGCGUGGGCGACGGCGACGGCGGAGGCCGAGCAGCGGCUUGCUGCGCAGCAGGCUGGACUGGGCGAGGAGGGUGUGGUGGCGGCUACGGGGGCGGUGGAGGCUGGGGGGAGUCAGCAAACUCCUUCUACUUCUACCUCUACAGCAGCAGGCGAUGGCCAAGAACAGCAGACGAUAGUCAAGGGCACAGAAUUGGCGGGCACGGCGCAUUCGGUGGUCGACCAGAGGGGAGCCGUUAGUAUGGAUGAUGACGGGGGCGGAAGUUCGAGUAAUUGGGACUUUGGAACGGCUCAGAGUCCUGCGACUGGCACCGCCGGUACUACAAAGACUUUGACUUCGACCUGGGACGACAACCUGUACAAGAAUGUGCCGGUUGGGAUCCGCGAGUUCAUGAAGCAAGAGAAGAGGCUGAAAGAGAAGCAUGCGCGCGAGGGGACCGUUGGGUAG